AUGCCGGUGUCACCAACAAUCAAGUCUGUGGUGCCCCUUCAUGUCGGUCAGUUCUUGUUUGUUCGCAUUGAGACCGACGACGGGGUCGUAGGAUGGGGUGAAGGCGGUGUAUGGGGCCACAUCGAAGCUGCUGCCACUGCAGUCACUCGUUUCGCAGAAUACCUUAAUGGUAAAACUGCAUUUAGCAUCGAACACCACUGGAACGUCAUGCACCGCUUCAGCUACUUUCAAGGCCUGGCUAUUAAUGCCGCGAUCUCAGGUAUCGACAUUGCGCUGUGGGAUAUCAAGGGCAAGGUACUUGGUGUCCCGGUAUACGAGCUGCUCGGAGGCGCCUGUCGCACUAAGGCCCGUAUAUACGGUCAUAUUUAUGAAAAGUCUAUCGAAAAGGUCCUGGAGGAGUGCAAGCGAAAGAUGGCUCUUGGUUAUACCGCCUUCGGCCACAUCAACCCAUUUCUCGACGAGGGGAAUGAUCAGGUUUACUUCAAAACCCACGUACAGAAAAUGCAAGAUGCCGCCGAUAAUGUACACAAAAUGCGCGCCGUUGUUGGUCAGAAGGUAGACCUUCUUAUCGAGCUACACCGCCGCCUAACUCCUGCCGAAGCCGUUACCUUUACAAACAUGAUUAAGGAUGAUAACCCUAUGUUUGUCGAAGACCCGAUUCGUCCAGAGAGUGCUGACGCUAUGGCUCGAGUAGCUGAUCGUAUCGCCGUCCCCAUUGCAACUGGUGAACGGUUCUGUACUAUUUACGAGUUUCAGGCUUUGUUGGCGAGGGAUGCUUUAGAGUACGUCCGCGUGGACGUCGCCGUUUGCGGCGGUAUUACUGGCGCUAAAAAGGUGGCGGCGAUGGCUGAGGCGCAUAACGUUCAGAUUGUACCGCAUAAUCCUCUCUCACCCAUCGGGCUCGCUGCCUGCCUACAGAUCGCUGCGAGCGUCCCUAACUUUGCCAUCCAAGAGUAUGCAACGGGUUUUGAGCAAGGCAUUUUCAAGUCCUCGACAAAACAUCUGGGUAGUGAUAUUGUGGAUUUUGUCCCUGAGGUACACAAUGGUUUCGUCGAUAUCCCCAAUGGUCCUGGUAUUGGCAUUAAUGUCGUUAAAGAUGCAGUAUCAAUUCGACCACCGUUUUUCCAGCCUAUUAGUAUGAGACCACACUUCGACGGAUUCGUGGUUGAUCAGUAA